GGUACUUCCGCCCUUUCCUAAGAUGGCGCAGGCGGAAGGGGCUAGUCACCGUCCGCUGGCGACGUCCCGGCUGGAGUUGAACCUGGUGCGGUUGCUGUGUCGCUGUGAAUCGAUGGCGGCAGAAAAGCGGGAACCAAACGAGUGGCGUCUGGAGAAGUAUGUGGGUGCCCUGGAAGACAUGCUGCAGGCCCUGAAAGCCCAAGCAAGCAAACCUGCCUCCGAAGUCAUCAGCGAGUACUCGCGCAAGGUGGACUUUCUAAAGGGCAUGCUGCAGGCUGAGAAAUUGACCUCCUCCUCUGAGAAGGCUCUAGCUAACCAGUUCCUGGCCCCUGGCCGUGUGCCCACCACAGCUAGGGAGCGGGUGCCCGCCACCAAGACCGUCCAUUUGCAGUCCCGGGCACGCUACACCAGUGAGAUGCGGAGUGAGCUACUGGGCAUGGACUCAUCCGGAGAGCUUCAGAUGGACAUGAGGAAGCGCAUAGCCAAUGGGUCCAGACCUGCAGAUGAGAAGCAUUCGGCAUCUGAGCUUGACCUCGUCCUUCAGAGGCACCAAGGCCUCCAGGAAAAGCUGGCAGAGGAGAUGCUAGGCCUGGCACGCAGCCUCAAGACCAACACACUGGCUGCCCAGAGUGUUAUCAAGAAGGACAACCAGACCCUGUCACACUCUCUCAAGAUGGCCGACCAGAACCUGGAGAAGUUGAAGAUGGAAUCAGAGCGGCUGGAGCAGCAUGCGCAGAAGUCGGUGAACUGGCUGCUGUGGGCCAUGCUCAUUGUCGUAUGCUUUGUGUUCAUCAGCAUGAUCUUGUUUAUCAGAAUCAUGCCCAGACUGAAAUAAAGCCAUCACACCACACACAUUCAGUUAGUGGAAUGGGAUGCAUGGGCUGCAGGGUGGUAUCGGCCAGCAUGCUUUCCACCCUGAACUCA